AUGGUGCUGUUACAAGGCUUAGUGUUUGGUCGUGCUUUAAUGGAAUCGCUACGAAAGGGUACAGCUCCAGCAGCAACUGCUGUACGUUCCUCUCAUCGAAACCGAACGCAACGUAAAAAUGGAUUGUAUCGUGGAUUCAAACGUGCGACAAAUCCUUAUGAAAGUAAAGAAUUACUACAAAGAUUAGAGAGAUGUUCAGUUCGCCAUUUGUCAUCAGGAAUGACGACCGCUUCAUCAUCGAAAUCAUUGAAAGAGCUUCUCAAGGAUGAAGUUUGGAUUCCAGUUUAUCGUUUUCGUGGGAUCCAUUAUUCUGUUUUGGCAGCGAAAAUUAAACUAGCAUUAACAGUAUCAAGUGUUGCUUUGAUCCCAUAUAAAUACUGGCAAUAUCUUGACGAUGCAGUAUCCCUCAGUCAUCUUAUGUCCAUUUCGGCUUUCGCCUCCUUCACAACUUUAGCAUUUAUCUUCUUUUGCAGAUUUUUUAAUGGUCUAAUAGGUGUGAUUUCAAUGAACGAAACCAAUGAAUAUAUACGGAUUGGAUAUUUGUCAUUUUGGGGAAAUAGAUGUAAUAAAUAUAUGAAAUUAGAUGAUAUAAUACCGCUUAAUGAAUCAAGCACGGGCAUCAAUAGUAAAAUUGUGCGGCUUCGACAAUAUUCAUCGAAUGAAACGCUGAAUUUAGCAUUAUUUAAUACGGAACUGUUGGAUGAGGAACGAGCCGCUAUCCUGUUCGGUGAUAUCACUGUCUUUUUCUCUUCAAUUAAUAAAGCGAAAUAA